AGUGACUAAGCUGCUGCUGUUUGUGCGGGGAAAAUGGAAGCACCGUCGCCGUUUUGGGCUGGGGGUCCCGCUCCGGGGGCGCUUUACUCGCCGCUUUGCCCGACCAACGGAUCCGGGGCCCAGCUGGAGGGAGUCGCCAGGACUCUGAGCCCCAUGGUGACUGGCACCUCCGUCCUGGGGCUGAAAUUUGACGGCGGUGUGAUCAUCGCGGCCGACAUGCUGGGCUCCUACGGGUCGCUGGCCCGCUUCCGCAACAUCUCCAGGCUCAUGAAGGUGAACGACAGCACCGUGCUGGGAGCGUCCGGCGACUACGCCGAUUUCCAGUACCUCAAGCGAAUUGUCGAACAGAUGGUGAUCGACGAGGAGCUCUUGGGAGAUGGCCACAGUUACAGUCCAAAGGCCAUCCACUCCUGGCUCACCCGGGCCAUGUACAGCCGCCGGUCCAAGAUGAACCCUCUCUGGAACACGGUUGUGAUCGGUGGCUACGCCAACGGGGAAGGUUUCUUAGGUUACGUUGACAUGCUUGGCGUGGCGUAUGAAGCGUCUUCCCUCGCCACUGGGUACGGCUCGUACGUGGCACAGCCGCUAAUGAGGGAUGCCCUGGAAAAGAACCCCACCCUGUCUAGGCAAGAGGCUAAAGCCCUCAUUGAACGCUGCAUGAAAAUCCUCUACUACAGGGAUGCCCGCUCGUUUAACAGGUACGAGCUCACCACGGUCACGGAGAAAGGCGUGGAAGUCGAAGGCCCCAUCUCUUCGGAGACCAACUGGGAAAUAGCGCAUCUCAUCAGUGGCUUUGAAUGAAACUGGAAAAAAAAACCCAUGGGCCUGCUACUUGUUGCUGUUGAGAUAUACUCCCAAGUUCUUGUAAUACUGUUCAAUGCCCAAGACCUCCAAUACUUUUUUGUGAAACUUUUUUGUGAAACGUAAUAAAUGAGGUUUAAGACUCUUGUCUGCA